AUGGCUAGAGGAUUUAAAAAAUCAGGAGGUGUUAAAGGCCCUAGUUCUGCUCUAACAGAAUUUUUGAAAAGUGAAGGUAUCACUGACGCGUUUAGGCAAAGACGUGCUAGAGAAGCAGAGGUAGCAGCAACAACAACAAAUACCACUACCCAAGAGACGACCCCUGAUGCAGGAGGUUCUGAUGAGGAGAGUCAGCGCGAUGACACACCUAUAGAGAACUCGUCUGGUGCUGGUAGCCCUGUUGUUUCACGACGCGCAUCACGCCGCCAACUGUCCACUCCGACUCGAAGAGAAGAAGAUGAAGACGAUGACGAGAUUAUUCAAAUGAGAAAGGCAGCUAAACGUAAGUUGAGAGCAGCAAGACGUGGCGCUAAUGGCAGUAGUCACAAACGUGGCUUGCCUGGUGGUGGUAGUGACAGUAACGAUGAUAGUAGCGACGAUAGCAACGUAGAUGACGAUUACAGUGAUGAUGCAGAUGAUUUAACGAAUGCGAACAUGAAAGGUUUUGGAGAUCAAGACACAUGUGUUGAUUGCGGCGACAAGUUUGAACUUUCGGUUUACUCGCGAUUUAUCAAGGAAAAAUCGGGUUACUUGUGUGAUUCUUGUAAUAAGGUGUUGAAAGAACGUGAACGGAGAGCAAGAACAAAUCAGUUGAAUGCUAGAAAAAAGAGGAAAAGAGUAGCCCAAGCUUUAUUGAACAGGACUACGGUCAAGAUCCCCAAAUUGCAAGAUGUAUGUAUUAAAAAGAUCACACAAAAUAUCGAAGACGUUGAUGUGUUAGGAGAUAUUGGACAGGUUAAUUUGAACAAGAUAUCCCUGAUUUUAUCAAAAAAUAGAUCAUUAAAUGAUAAAACGAUUUCAUUAUUUUUGUCUCCCGAUUUGAAGAAUAUAUCAUUUUGGGAUUGUUCCAAUGUUGACUCAGAUUCGUUGAAUAAAAUUGCCUCUUAUUGUCCCAACUUGGAAUCUUUGACUUUAUUCAUGUGUGGACAGCUACACAACGACAAUUUGGAAUACUUUGCCUCGAAUCUAAGGCAUUUAAAUUCACUUUCAUUGAACGGCCCUUUUUUGAUCAGUGACAAGAUGUGGCAGGCAUAUUUCAACCAAGUUGCGGGUAGGUUGCAGGUAUUCGAGGUGAGGAAUACUCACAGGUUUGGUAAUGAGUCUCUUUUGAGCUUGUUGGAAAACUGUGGUAAAGACUUAACGUCGUUAAAGUUGUCACGAUUGGAUGGGAUAACAACUCAAGAUACAUACAGUCAAAUAUCAAAACGCAUCACACUGUCGAAGCUACAGCAUUUUGAGGUAUCAUAUCCUACAAACGAAGAUUUGGUCACAGAUGAUAUAAUUAUAGAGAUUCUACAAAAGACUGGUGAUUCACUAGUGUCAUUAAAUGUCGAUGGAUGUUCUGCCCUAACUGAAAAGUUUCUCCUAGAUGGAGUUUCCAAGUACUGCCGUAAUCUAACUAAACUUUCCAUGAAAAACUUGGAUCAAGUUUCCAAUGAAGGAUUUGCAACUGCUUUCAACCAAUUUUCCAAAGUCAAUGCUGGUGGAUUGAUUGAAGUUAACUUGAUGAAAUGUACUGACCUAGGAGAUGAGGCAAUUUAUGCUUUAUUGAAUCACUCUUGUCAUACAUUAGUUGAACUAAGUAUAAACUCAUUGCAUCGAAUAACCAGCGACUUCUUAUCUCAAAAUUUUACAGAUGACAGUCACCAAUUCAAGAGACAAUUGAAAGAGAGACACGCUGAGAAUUUGAAUGUCAAGUAUUACCAACAGCUUCCGUUGCUUUUAUUGACGUAUUUGGAUGCUUCAUUUGUUAGAGCUGUUGACAAUGAAAUCUUGUCUUUACUAGGUGACAGUUGUCCUAAGUUGCAGAUUAUUGAGGUUUAUGGCGAUAAUAGAUGUAACGGAAAGGCUACAUUCAGAGAUGGCUUGAUGGUUAUAGGCCGUCAAAGUGAUGAAAUAUAG